AUGAGUGUUGAGCUAAACGAUGCACGGUGUUUAACUGCUGACUUGGCCUGGAAUACUUUCCUACCGAACGAGACUCUUGCAGCCAUCUUCCGCGGUCUUUCGCCUUCUGUCCUAGCGACUAUUGCGCCUGUGUCACGCCAGUGGAGGGGAGUAGCGGAAUGGCUGCUAUAUUCAAACAUCUCCAUCUCAGAGACCCUCUCUACCUCAUCUCCAUUCCCAUACAGCACGCUUCGUUGCUGCCAGACCAUUCGUCUGCAUUCACAUCUUGCCAGCGGACUUUCCAAAUUAUAUAUCCGAUGGAAAUCAGAGCACGGUGCACACUACGAGCCAGACUUUGACCUCCUCCUCUCCAAUCUGUCACAAGCAAUAGGCCUCGCAAUAAACCUCGAGUCCCUAGACUUACAUCUCGGCCUCCCAUGUCUGCCAGAACAUCCCACUUUAACUUCUCUCACAUUCCCUGCUACCGAUGUGCAUUAUCACUCCCUCCGGCGCGUCUCUCUCAGCGGCAUCGGCCCCUUUGCGCACAAUCGUCUCACUCAUUUUCUCAAUAUUCUCCCCGCCGCACGACACCUCCGUCUUCCUGACUAUCACGACCAGAUCGCCCUCCUCCCUCAAGCCCUCCCAUCUCUCAUAUCCUUUUCCGGCUCGCCACGCGUAGCAGCUGCAAUUUUACCGGGAAGACCGGUACAAUCCCUUGUACUCAUAGGACAGGACUACAUCACUGACCUGGAUCUGUCCCGAAUGGCCCUGACAAGCAUUCCGCUUCGCCAUCUGGAUUUGUCAUCCAUGUUGGUUACCCCGACAUUGUUGCGAAAUUUAUCCAGGAAUCUCAAUACAGUCGAGUCGUUGAAGGUGAAGCUUGCUUUGAGGCAUACUUUGCAUUUCGCUGGUAUUGGCUUGCUAGCAGCGCUUUCACACCUUCUCAGCGCAUUUCACCGUCUGUCUACGCUUGACCUCUCACCUACGCACGUGGACUAUACCGGGCUCAGUAACAGCGCAGAAGAGCUCUCACUCUGUCGAUCGUGGCAGAACGCGUGUCCUUCUUUACGGCGCGUCGUCUUUCCUUCCCAAACAGAGUGGACGCUCCAGGAAGACGAUAAUACGUGGCUGUCUGUUCUGUUAGGGGGAUCGCGGAGGCGGGUGGGUACAUUUUUAGCCUUCCGUGACGUGCUCCUAAUGACGGAAUGCAUAGCCUGCGUUUCAUUCGUCGAAGAAGUUCCUUGA